CUAUCUAUAUAAACACCGGUUUCCAUCUCUCUGCUCUUAGAAACUGCUCAUCGCGUUGCGCACAAUCUUUACCUUUUCUCUUCUCUCUCUCAACUUUCCGAUUUCCCCUGACAUCGCUCCGCCGCGGAACCUCAUUCCGUCGUUGCAGAAGGAACACGCAGAGACCGGUAAAGAAUGUGGCUCGCAUGCGUAUGGGAAGAGAAAGAGCAAGAGCUCGGAAGACAACAAGCGCCAGGAACUUGCCCUUUCUGUCGAGGCAAAGUGUACGCUAUUGACGUCGAAAGACAAUGGAAGCUCUGUUGCCUCCCUCUCUGCCUCAAGAUCAAGAGGAAAUAUCUCUGUACUCUCUGCUCUCGCCGCCUCGAAUUGUGCCACUGGUAGUUCAUUCUCGAAUAACAAGUUAGGUCUCGAAUCUCUUCGAAACGUUCGAUUUAUCGAUUCGUCGUUCUCAUUUGAACCGAUGCUCGUAAUUUGUGUUCCUGUUCUUCCGUGAUGUGUUUGAUUGAGUUUUGGUGAAACGGAUCAGUAUCGCGAUUUGGAUCUGACUCGAAUUAGAUGUACCUAAUCGUUGUUUUUUGCUUUUUGUACAGUAUCGAAAAAACUGUAGUUAAAGGAAAACCUCUCUUCGGCAUCUGCAAGUGUUUUUUCCCCUUCUUAUUUCGUUUAAUUAUAUUAUUUGAAAUCCUCCUGUUUCUUAGUUC